AUGAACUGUCCUUCGCGUACCGACGAUAUAACUCUGGAACAUCCAGACUGGAACCAGAAUCCGCCUUUCCUGGCCGCCGAUCUCACCACCUGCGAGGACCUCAACGGCAUUGCCAACGCUCGCGAGCACCGCCGGGUCACUACCGGUGCCGGCGACGGAUCCGAUGGUCGGGGUGAUGACAUGAAUUACCAGACCUUACCACGUUUGCAACCCGAUCGUCGAGUUGCCCUUUCGGGAGGGUGGAACCACGGCUUCCAUCCCCGAAACAAAUACGUGCAUGGUGGUGAUGACCAUACACGUCUUCUCAAGGGUUCCGACCCAUCUCGCUCCAGCCUCUGGGGCUGGCUGAGCUGGCUCCUGUCCGUCGUGGGCUGCUCAGCCAUUAUUUCGGCUCUCAAGAGUCCCGAGGCCGUCGCCUCGUUCAUGUUUGCAACCAAAGAAUCUGCCCAAUGUGAGUUUCUGCCCUGUUCCCUGUUCAUAGACACCGUAAGACAUCAACGGUUCAUCUCAUCAUCACCACCACCCCACCCCUCACCGGCCCGCUCCGUCCGUGCUACCCGCCGCUCGACCUGCCCGACCGGCGGUCUCGGUAACGAGGACGAAUACAACACGCCCCUCCACGUCGGCGCUCUCUUCAUCAUCCUCGGCGUCUCCUUCUUCGCGUGCGCCUUUCCCCUCAUCGCCUCCCGGAUCCCCGGCGUCCGUAUCCCGCGCACAUUCUUCUUCGCCGUCCGCCACUUCGGCACCGGCGUCCUCCUCGCAACCGCCUUCGUCCAUCUCCUCCCCACCGCCUUCACCCUCCUCGGCAACCCAUGCCUGAGCUCGUUCUGGGUCGAAGACUACCCCGCCAUGCCGGGCGCCAUCGCCCUGGCCGGCAUCUUCCUCGUCACCAUCAUCGAGAUGGCCUUCCAGCCCGCCCGCCACAUGUCCCACACCCCGAACGCCUCCGUCCUGUCCCCCCACGGCCCCGAGUCCGUCGACGAAGACGACCAGCGCGAUCCGGGCUCCUACCCGCUUGAGAUGGCCCCGAGCCGCGGCACCCGGAACAGCAUCGGCCGCCAGCUCUCGCGAAUCGGCCGCGACGAGCUGACCACGCCGCAGCGGGACGUCGGCCAACAGCAAGCCGGUGACAGGCUUGCCAAGCGCCUCGACGAGGAGUCCCGCGCCGUGAACCUGGGAAGCGUCAACGGCAUGGCCCUCUCCCCUGCUCAGCAGCAUCAAAAGGACAUUCUCCAGUGCAUGAUGCUGGAAGUAGGCAUCCUCUUCCACUCCGUCUUCAUCGGCAUGACGCUCAGCGUCUCCGUCGGUCACGAAUUCGUCAUUCUGCUCAUCGCAAUCGCUUUCCAUCAAACCUUCGAAGGCCUCGCCCUCGGCUCCCGCAUCGCCUCCAUCGAUUGGCCCUCCGGCAGCCUCCAGCCCUGGAUGAUGGCCCUGGCCUACGGCUGCACCACCCCCAUCGGCCAGGCCAUCGGUCUCGCCACCCACCGCCUCUACAGCCCGGACUCCGAGUUCGGCCUGAUCCUGGUCGGCACCAUGAACGCCAUCUCGUCGGGCCUUCUCGUAUUUGCGGCCCUCAUCGAGCUUCUCGCCGAGGACUUCCUCUCCGACGAGAGCUGGCGUAUCCUCCGCGGUCGCAAGCGCGUCUUUGCCUGUCUGCUCGUCUUCUUCGGCGCCUUUGGCAUGAGUCUUGUCGGGGCCUGGGCGUAA